AUGACCCAGUAGGUAAACAGCUCUCCUUUCCAUGAGCUGUUUUCCCUAAAGCCUGCACUGAGCAUAUCUGGUUCUCCCUGUCAGCAGAGACACACACUCCAUGCCAGUGAGUUCCGCAACCUCACGCCACAAGACACCCUCAGCGUGUUUGAGUUCCAGAGAGAAGCUUUCAUCUCAGGGUCUAGGGAGUGCCUGCUCAUGCAUGCUGAAGUGCUGAGCAUCCUAGGCCUGUGUUCUGUGCUCUUCAUGGGCUGGUUCAAGGAAGGACAGCUGCUGGCUUUUAUCAUUAGAUCAGGCUGGGACAAGGAAAAAUUGCAAAAGGUAAAGAUGCCCCUGUCUGUGCACGUUCACGUGCUGGCUGUGCACCGGCACUGCAGGCAGCAGGGGAGGGCCUUCGUCUUGUUGUGGCGCUACCUGCAGUACCUGCGCUGCUUGCCUGGCGUACGCCGAGCCCUGCUCAUAUGCGAGGCAUUUCUUGUGCCCUUCUACGAGAAGGCCGGCUUCAAGGAGAACGCUCCUUCAGACAUCUCAGUGGGAUCGUUCUGCUUCAGAGAAAUGGAAUACACGCUCAGGCGACUGUCUUACACGUGUCGCAACAGCAGCUGUUGA